UUAUUACACUCGAAACUAACUAAUGUAUGAGCUCGUACUCCAUGCAGUUCAAUCGAGUGUAGUACUCGUACCGUACAGUACAAACGUUCAGUGAUUGCCUCGUCUGAAACAUUCAAAUACUCGUCAACAGAGUUCGAUCGGUCGUUGCCUGCCAGCCCAAUUCGUUCAUUGUAACUCCACCGACUAGUUACCAAUCUGCACCUCCACCGCUCUAUAGUAAUAACAUUUAAUAUAACACACUGAUACACACACGUGUGCUACCAAUAAUAUCAUUGGAUUUUAUAGAAAUGUGUGAAGUACUAGCUGAAUUGGACUUGGGCGAUCCGCCAAAGGAGCUUUUAGAAUGGGCAAAGAAAAACAUCAAUGAAAAUCCGGAUACGAGAUGUAAAGAUUUGGAGGAGUUUAGGGAUAUGAUUUUUAGUCGAGGAGAAUGUACACCACAUCGAACUGACGACGCUUUCCUACUGCGAUUCUUGCGCGGCAGGCACUUCAAAAUUAACGCCUCACAUCGAUUGUUGGUCAACUACUACAAUUUUAAACUGGAGAAUCCAGCAUUUUUUAAGGAUGUCAAUUUGUCACAUUUGCAGCGGAUGGGCGAUGAAGAUAUUAUUACUGUGCCACCAUACAGGGACCAAACAGGCAGAAGGAUACUGUUGUAUCGAAUGGGAAACUGGGACCCAAAGAAAUACUCCACGGACCAAUUAUUCCAAGCAACAAUGGCUAUACUUGAGUUAGCAAUUCUUGAGCAACGCGCUCAAAUCUUAGGUGGUAUCGCGAUGUUUGAUUUGGGUAAUCUGUCAAUGCAACAAGCCUGGUACAUCACUCCAAGUAUGGCCUCCAAAAUUGUACAAAUUAUGGUUACAAGUUUCCCGAUGAAAAUACAAGCCAUACAUAUAGUAAAUCAAUCCUGGGUAUUCGACAUGGCGUACAACGUGUUCAAGCCAUUCCUAGACGAGAAAAUGAAAGCACGAAUCUUCUUCCACGGUGAAAAUUACGCAUCCUUGCAUGAACACAUUGAUCCGAAACAUUUACCCGAGAAAUAUGGCGGUGCUCAUCCAGAUUACAACUACAACGAUUGGAUCACCUUCUUCCGAAAUACGGCCAAAAUUCGCGAAGAGUUAGAAUCAUUAGGUUAUAAAGAUGACGAAACAAAUGUAACACCAGCAGAAUAGAAUUCAAAUAAUGAUGCUGGUUGUGAAUUUAAAUUUGUGUUUGCAUAAUUAUUGAAUAUUGAAUGCAAACAUUCGUUUUUAAAACAUUUAUCGUAUUUUUACAACGACACCAUUUCGUAUUGUAGAAUAGUAUACACAUGGGUUUUGUAUUUGUGCGAGGAUAUGAAUAAUGUGAUGAGAUAAGAAAUUAAUAAAUUUGCAAUUUAUUUUUCUCGAA